AUGGCGUCAGAGGCGGAUCGACUCCGUCUUGAGCUGCACGCAUCGCGGGUCGAGUGCGCGGAGCUGCGGAGCCGAUUAGAGGCGGGCCCCGCGGGGAUAGAGCGCGCGCGGUAUGGCGUGGGAGGGGAGCGGGAGGCGGAGAUGGCGCAGCGCGUGGAGGAGCUCACGCGGGAGUUGGAGGCGGAACGGCAAGAGGCGGAGCGCGCGAGGCGGUUCCACGAAGAUGAGCUGACGAUGCUGUUGGCGUCGAAUAAAGACAAAGAAGCCGUCUGGACCAGAAAAGAGAUGGAGUUGGAGCAGGAGUUGCGCGAGUUGAGAGAUCAGCUGGGCGACGCGCGGCGGGGCCACGCGCUCGGCGGGCAGCUGCAGGCGCUAGAGGACCGCCUAGCGGACGCGCGCGAGGCGCUCUCCCUGGCGGAAGCCUUCGCGGAGGAGCAGCGCGUGGUGCGCGAGGAGGCGGACGCGCGCGUGCGCGCGCAGGAGGCGGAGGUGGAGCUGCUGCAGGCGCGCAUAGAGGACAUGGCGGAGCAGGCGGAGGAGGACGAGGAGGAAAUGGCGGCGCUCGAAGAGGACCUCGCGCGCGCCAUCAAGCGCGUCGAGGAGCUGGGGCUGCGCUCCGCCGCCAUGACCAUCGAGAUGGAGCAGGUGCAGGAGGAGUUGCGGCGGGAGCGCGAACUGCUGCGCAGCACCGAGACGGUGGCGGAGGCGGAGUGGCUGCGCCGCGUGGCGGCGGAGCGCGCGAACGCCGCGCUGCAGCGCGACGUGGAGCGCGCGCAGUUGGACGCGGACGAGCUCUGGGGCGCGCUCGAGGCGUUCCGCGCGGAGGGCGCGGGCGUGGCGGAGCAGCUGCGCGUGCAGAUGGAGGCUGCGGUGCGCGAGGCCGCGGAGCGCGAGCGCGCGCACCGCGCGGCCAUGGCGCGCGUGGACGAGGAGGUGGAGCGGCUGGCGGAAGAGGCGGAGGCGGCGGCGGAGCGCGAGGAGCUGGCGGCGCAGCUGAUCGACCGCCUGAAGGACCACAACGCGCUCCUUGCGCGCCAGCUCGCCGCCAUGGCUAAGCGCGCGGGCGCGGGCGCGGGGGGAGCCGCGCGCGCGGUGGGGGAGAGCGGGACGGAGGCGGAGGAGGAUAACUUCGCGUUUGAGGCGAGCGGGAAGGCGGCGCGGGGGGGGCAGGGCGGGGAGGAGAGCGGAGAGGGGGAGAGCGAGGGGGAGAGUGUGGAGGAGAGCGGGGACGCGGAGAGUGUGAGCCAGUCGUACGAGGGGGAGGCGUCACCGCUUCUCAGAGCGCAGGGCCGCGGGCAGGGCGCGGGACUGAAUAACUUUGAAACGGGCAGCAUGGUGGGCAGCAUGGCGGGGAGCAGUAUAACGGGCAGCAGCGUAACGGGCAGUAGCAUCCUGGGCAGCACUAUAGGCGGGCAGCGGACAGGGUGGGUGGGGCCAGGGGAAGGCGCGGGGAGAAUGGGCGCAGAUAACCGGGUAGCAGGGGGGAACGAGCGCAUGGGUGGCGCGUAUGGGCUGGCAGGGGAGGGGGAAAGCCCUAGCGGGUUAGCAGGCACGUCCCCCACACUCUCUUUCACUCCCCCCCCGCAGCACUCUCCCCUGCACCACCAGUAUCCAUACCAGCAGCAAGCGGCGCGCAUGGCAGGGGGGAACGAGGAAGACGAGGAGGAUGAGGAGGAUGAGGUAGGGGAGGAGGGAGCGGAGGAAGAGGAAGAGGAGGGACUUGCGACGGAUUCGGAGUUUUCCUUCUCAGUGCCCGUCCCACGCAGCGGAGCGUGGCGGGCAGCUAAGGAGAUCGCAUCUCUCUACUACACAGCGGGAGGGGCGGGGGAUGAGGACUUGGAGCGGGAAGAGGAGGAGGCGGAGUUUGCGUUACUGCAGGAGGAGAACGAUCGGCUGGCAGAGGAGGUAGUGCGGCUGCAGGAGCAGGACGCUGCGAGGAGAGGCGAGGAGGACGGGCAGAGUGAGGAGGAGGAGUUGAAGGAGGAAGGGGACGAGAUUGCAGAGAUGACGGGGAGGAAGCAGCUGGGGAACGCGAAGCGGAGAGGGAGAGGCGAGAGAGGGGAGAGAGGGGAGUCGUGUGCGUCCUCCACCACCGAUCGCUCCGACAGCCAUCUGCUUCUCUCCGGCGCCACUCCUAUAGCUAGCAGUGGGGCCCUGCAGGCGCGGGCAGCAGUCGGACUGAAAGAACUCCAGGCAAACCGGGACGCGUUGCGAAUCGCCAUGAGAGGAGUCAGAGAGCGAGCCGCUCUGGCUGCAGAGGCGCAGCAGAGGGUGGCGGGGAGCCAGGGGCGGAGAGGGAAGGCGGGGAGGAAGGCGGAAGCGGGAGCAGUGGGGGAGAUGUUGGCAGAGGUGGAGGAGGAGGUGGUUGAGGGGCAGAGUCUUGUGGAGCGGGCUGAGAGGAUUGUGGCGCGAAUGGCUGCGUUGGAGAGUAAAGGGGCGGGCGUGGGGAAGAAGAUGGAGGGGAAGAGGAAGAGACUGGCUGAGCUGGAGGCGAGGCUGGGGUUGGCUCCUAGGAGAGGUGCGGGAGGGGGUCUGUCUUGCCUGCUGCCGUUCCACCGAGGCAGCUGA